AUGUGGUCGCCCCGGGCAGCUGCAGGAUUCGGGGCGCCCGGCGCCUCUUCGCUGCUGCCGCUGCUGCUGCCGCUGCUGCUACCGCCCUCGCAGGGCUGGAGUUGCGGGGGGCUGACCUGCGGGGAAAAGGAGCGCUGCUGCGACUUCGGCAAUGUCACGUACACGGAGGUCAAGUGCUGCAAGCUGCCCUUUCACACGUUCCUGGACAACGUGGGCUGGUUCGUGAGAAAGCUCUCGGGGCUCCUGAUCCUGCUCGUGCUCUUCGCCAUCGGCUACUUCCUGCAGAGGAUCAUCUGCCCGAGCCCCCGCAGGUACAACCGGCGCCAGCCGGGCCAGCCGCAGCAGCAGCAGCAGCAGCAGCAGCAGCAGCCCCCCCAGCAGCUGGCUGCCGCUCCCGGAGGCCUGCGGCCCCAGCCGGACGACGCCCCGUCGCUGCUCCACGAGACGGCCGCCACGUCUCAGGACUCUUUGCUGGACAGCAGCAGCAGCAGCGGCCGCUGGGGCGCCUCGUCCGAGCACGAGCUGCACGCCGUGUCCUCGCCCCUCUUCCUGCAGCUGCCCAGCUACGAGGAGGUCAAAUACCUGCCCACGUACGAGGAGUCCAUUCUGCUGCAGGAGCAGCCGCCGCGCAGCCCCAAGGACUUCGUCCUGCCCGUGGCCGUGCUCGACCAGCCCCGAGGGGGCGACCCGGGCCGCGCCCAGGGAAGAUACCCGCUCAUCUGA